ACAUCAUGAAAUCCCACAAGUCAUGAAUCUCAGAGAAUUCCGCGAAAAUGUACUCGAAGAUUCGAUAAGAAUUUCACUAGCUCUUGACUCAACCAAGGCGCGAUUUUUUUUCUAUAUACUUUAAAAGCCCGCCAAGCGAUGACGAAACAACCAAGUUGCGCGUGUAUGGGUGUGCAUGAGAGUCGCGCUACUUGGCGGAGAAACUUUAUUCUACAAUUUUACUUCAGCUCCAACCGUUCACUGAAUCGGACGCAGAAGUUAACAAACCCAACAUAAUCUCCCCCUGUGCUCACAAACCAAUUACAAUAUAUACUUCUCUCCCAAGUAUUUUUGAGAAAGUGAAGGAGAUUUGUGAGAUAAAAAAAAUUCUCUCAAGUGAAUAAAAAGAAAUCCCUGUGAAUUUGUGAAUAAAGAGUGGAUUAAGACAAAGGACUUAAUCACGCAUUUUGUGAAUUAAUUUGUGACUCAUUUAUUUGCUGGAAUUUAACAAGUGCUCUGUGUAUUUAAAAUGCCUGAUUCUGGAUUACUUCUAUCACCACCAGCUACACCGCCACUUGCAGAAAUGAAAGAGGACAGCAUUGGGCGGUGUUUGAAGAGAAAAUUGGAAAGUGUCCUGCCCAAGGGGUUUGUCACACCAAAUCCAUCUGAUACAGAAGAUGACUCAGACCUACCCCCGAGGAAGCGACUGUAUGCCCGUGAACAAUCCUUCACAACAUCACUCACACCCCCGCCAUCGGAAGAUGAAGACACGCGGGAAUUUCGACUCACAAAAGAGGAUCUCAUUUCGCGAAUUACCGAAGCUGCCAAUGAGAUCUACGGGCAGGAGAAUAUGCUGCAGCAACAGCAGCAGAGAGCUAGUGUUAUUAUGCGUGCCAGUAGAGAUGGUACGGUGAAACCUGAGAGACUGCAGCCAUCGAGCGAACCACAAACCUUCGAUACAUUUAAUGUUUUUCGAAGUGUCAAGUACAAGAUUGGACGACAUAGUUCCAUAGCUCAGGUACCAGCUACCACGCCCGUUCCUGCUGCACCCAGUGAACCAAUGGAGGAAGUUGCGAAACCCACAACACCCGCACCUGCAGUUGUAGAGGCACCACCGCAAACUCCAUCACCACCUGCCAAACCCGUUCAAUUGCCCGCCAUUGCACCAAAGCUUCCACCUCAGGGUUUCCUCAUCACAGCCACAUCGGCAAGUGGGAACAUCAUCCCUGCUGGACAAUAUGUCAUCUUCCAGACACUCUCACCCCUUGUGCCAGCCAAGGCGGCCGCCACAACGAAUAGUCCGCCACCUGAACGAAGAAGAAUCUUCGAGUGUGAGUACCCAAAUUGUGGGAAGAACUACUUCAAGUCAAGCCAUCUGAAAGCCCAUAAACGCAUCCACACGGGCGAACGUCCUUUCAUAUGCAAAUUCGAAGGCUGCAACCGUCGCUUCUCACGCUCUGAUGAGCUAUCGCGGCACAAACGCACCCACACUGGUGAGAAGAAGUUCGCCUGCCCCGUGUGCCAGAGGCGAUUUAUGCGCAGUGAUCACCUCUCGAAGCACGUAAAGCGUCACUCAAAGGACAAAAAGGCCGACAAGAUGCAAAAUCAGUCGAAAUCAAUGCUCAAAGUGAUUUCGUAGAGACUGACGACCACCUCCGUCAAGCAAAACAUUCCACCAUUGCCGGGUUGAGUGACAUCAUGGAAGAAUUCUUCAGUAAUUAUCAUCAAUCAUCUUUGAUCACAUCUCACGAUGGUCAUCCUCUUUAUAAUAUAGCUACGUUAUAGGAAAAGUAACAAAGGAGAACUCUGUGAUCUUCACUUUUUCAAUCACACAUAAAAUACUUUCAACAACAUAAAUUACAUAAAAUUAUUAAGCGAGCACCAUCCCCCUAGUUAUGGUAACAAAAUUUUACUCUCUACUGCGGGACUCUUGCAAACAACUCUUUUAUGCAUUUCUUUCCCUCCUUCGCCCCCUUUUUUUACUAUACACCACACCCUCCCCCAUAAAGGUCCUUUAAUCGUAGAUUUUAAACAACAAAAAUCAUAUUACAUAAGCAUACAAAAUAGGUGUUAAGGUUCUUUACUAUAUAGAAUAAAAAAAUUAUUUAAAAAAAUGAAUUGUCCAAUAAUUUGUUUUUCAUGCACAAAAAAAAUGUUUUUGGCAAGGAGAAAGAAAAAAAUUUGUGUUUAAAAACUAUUUAUCCUUUCAUGAAGUACAAGUUUUGAGAAAGAAAAAAUUAAAAUGUUUUUAGGAGAUGAAAAAGAAAUUUUUUAUUUGUUAAAAAUUCUUCUAACUAGGACAAAGAAUAAAUUAUUGAAAUAAUAUAGAA